GAGAGAGACGGGGUGGAGAGGCUGGACACUUUAAAGCACACUGUAAUUUAAUGAAUGGACCUGGAAGUCUAGGAAAGUAACUCAGCUGCGCGUGACCAAACAACCAGUAAGAAAUCUAGUUUAAAGAUGGUUUAAGACACUAAACUGAACUAGUUAACCUAAAACCCGAACUUAUCCUUCUUUUAAACCUCCCAGGGGGAGUUAGAGGGAGUGAAAGUGAAUGGCUUUAAAGGACAAAACGGUGGCUCUGGCCAGGCUGCUGCACAGAGACUGCACCCAGCUACUGGACUUAUACACUACCCGUGAAUCUCUGACAUCUAACUCUGUGUCCGGGUCACAGCUGGUGUCCAUCCCUCCGUUAACAUCUCAGCUCACCCCCUCUGAGAAAAUCUGCUUCCUGCACGCGGCUCUCCGAAAGUGUCUCCAUCUGCUGGACAAAGCCAUAACCCACGAGGACGCCAUCUUCCCUGACGCACCUGAGGAUGAGUACUCCAAACAGAGGAAGACCGUGAGAGAGCGACUGAACUACCUGGUGUCGAGCACAGAGCGCCUCCUGGUGGGCAGAAAGAGGUGUGAUGCUGAGGCAAAGGACUUGGUGGAUGGUGGAGUGUUUGCUGUGAAGAAAUGGAUCCUCCAGGUUCUGCAGGAUGUCGUGUACUGGUCCAACAAGACAGCUGAAACUCUCCAGACUCUGCCGGCUCUCACAGCCAUGAAGGCGACGAGAACAAGAAGAGCAGCAGUGAGGAAGGCGGCACACAAACUACGCAAAUAAACAUCUACCAAGUGUGUAUGAGAGAGAGAGAGAGAGAGAGAGAUUUAUUGAAACACACAUAAACCAUAACUAAACGACUUUUUAGUAAGCUAACAUACAACUGACCUACAAAACUAAUCACAGUGACGUGUAAGGGAAUUUUACUUUAGUUCGUCGCCCUCUACUGGACAAACCACAUAACAACAAUACAAAAAAAAUGGGCUUUGUCUCAUUUGGCAAUAUAAAUCAGGAUAUUGUACAAUUUAUAAAAGGGUAUCUGAAAUUUUAUUUCAGAUUUCAUUUUCAGCAAAUCCUAUUUAUUUCAUUAGCUUUGUUGUAUGGAAUAGUCACACCACAUAGACACUGUAGGUAAAAUAUCCUGAUAUGUAGUUUAAAUUCAUUUUCCUAGAGUCAGUAUUCCUUGCGUUUUUUUUUUUUGUUUUGUUUUUUAUAAAUUUACACCAUUUGCUCAUAUGUUUAGGGUCGGUGUAGCUAAUAUAUCAACAAGUCAUGUUUAAGAAAUUUAAGACAAAUCACUUUUAUUUUCACUCAAUGGGCAAAGAUGCGAGAAUACUGUUGCUAGGCAACCACACCUCGCUAAUCACACCGGCUAGCCAGUUUGCUCAAUGUAAACUCUUUUAUUCAGAUAUUGUAAAGGUUCAGUGACUGUAGACACCAGACAGAAUGAUCAGAAACAUCAACAUUUACCUCAGAUGUGUUGAUAAAUCACUCAGAAAAGACUUCCUUCGACUGGAGUCACACUUUGAUUCCACUUCGACAGCUAAAGCAAUUCGAAUAGGAUCAGCCAUGUUGAUCAAUUCAUCAGAACACUGCCAUUGUAUUAAGGAUUAUUUUGGUCUACAAUAUUAUUAAGCUUUAAAAGAAGAGAAUUAUUUGCAACACCACAAAGAUUAUUACAAGUUUAUUCUCGAAAUAUUAGCACCUAUUUUCUAAUAUCAAUAUUGUGAUUUUAUUCCCUGAACAUCAAAAUCUA